GGUAGUCGUUCGGUGUUUUAGUGACGGGUGGAGUCGGCUUCUUGUCGUAUCUCUGCGGGAGCUGUCCGGGGAAAUUUGCUGUAUUUUUCUUUUCCUUCCUUUUUCACUGAUUCCUUAUCACUGCCAAGACAGCGAAAAGUCCUUAAAGAUGACGACGACCACCACCUUUAAAGGAAUGGACCCCGGUACUAAAAGCAGUUCCAGGGUACUACGACCGCCAGGCGGAGACUCCAGCAUCUCCUUCGGCACAGAUGACAACUCCACCCCACGCAAAAGCAGCAUGGCCUCUAACAUCUUUGCUGAGCCUGAUGACCCUCAUGCUCAUCGAAGGAACAAUCCACCAACUGGUGAAGCCGCUGGGACCCUGUGCGGUGAACCUUCGGCUCCAUUGAGACGAUGCCAGCAGCCUCUCCUUUUCCCCAAGAACCCUCAACCGGAACUGACCACCAUCCACAACUCCGGGGCAGCCAUGCUGUGGAACCAGAGACGAGAUGAUGAAAAUGGCCAAGAGCAAGUGAACGAUGCUCCGGAGUCUUCGGAGGACGUGGAGCACGAAGAGCAAGAGCAGCAGAAGGAGAACCCACAACAGCCCGCGCCGUCGGGAAAUGCCAAUGCCAACGCCGGUGGCCGAAGAAACCCACCCGGUGGCAAGUCCAGCCUCAUCCUGGGCUGAGACCACUUGUUAUUUUUGUUUUGUUUUUUUCAUUUAAACACCUUUUUUUUUUUUAAAUAAAUACCCCCACACCUCUCUUCCUCCUCAUCAUCAUUUCACCGUCUUCACCUUCACUGCUGGUGUCACGACCCCAGAGCCCUGUUUCCACUCCCUCCGCCUUCAAACCUUUUGUUUUGAUCCUUUUUUCUAUUAAAAAGAAGAAAAUGUUGACAAAAGCACUUUAUGUAUUUCACCCUCUUCCUCCAUUUCAGUCCAUCCUGUAGUGCAUCGCGCCUGCUGGGAAAAGGCAUGACUUUUAGCUUGUCUCUCAUCCUCCCCUGUUGUAAAUGGUAAAGAAAAAAAAAAUGAAGCGUGGAUUUCUAAAUACAAUAAAGAUUGGUAUGAAUUUGC